AUGGCUGCUCCUGGAGAAAAGAAAUUGUAUGGCCUGAUAACGAAAAAGAAUGCAGCAUCGAGCGUCACGAAAGUGGCUUCUGUGUUCGCUAAUUCAGACGAUGAAGAAAUGAAGGUUGAUGUUUCGAACAAGAAUCAGUCAGCAUCAAGCAUCCGAGUGCAGAAAGAGGCUGAAAGAGCGCAACAGCUAGCGAUGGCGCAAGAUCCACUAAUUUUUGACUACGAUGCUAACUACGAUAUCAUUCAACGUAAGAAAGAUGAAAAGACAGCUGAAGACAAAGCCAAAGAUCACCUACGUGAAUCUAAAUAUGCUCCUACACUCAUGAAGGCUCAUAAAAUCCGUGUUCUGGAAGAAAAAAGUCGAGAAGAAAGGCAACAGCAGCGCGAGCGUGUCAAAGAGGAUGGAGAAUUUGCCGACAAAGAAGUCUUUGUGACUGGAGCGUAUAGAAACCUGAUGGAAGAAGUUCACAAACACAGGGAAGAAGAAGCUCUGAAAAACAGAAUUGAUGAUGCUACCUCAAUCGAAAAACAAAUGAUUUGGCAAACUGGAUUUUCGCGAAACCUGUUGGAAACGAUUGCACGGAGGGAUGAUAACGAACCUUCACAGCAAGAUAAAGAAAAACAAAAUGAAAAGGUGGAAUUCAAAGCAAAGAAACCCAAGAAUAUUCGUCGACGAGGCGAAACAUCAGACGAUGAAGAAAACGAUCAGAAGACACAGAAACAGUCGAUUUAUGAUUCGGAGGAAGAAGAGAAAUCCGUGGUGCAUAAAAACUUUGAAGGAGAAUUAAAAGCAGGACUCAACAAACCCGCUGCACGUCCACAAGAAAGAGUCAUGACUAAAGCUGAACGAUUGAGGCGCCAAUUCACACCAAGUGAUGAUGAAGAAGAUAGUCGGCAUGCAACCACUUCACGCGGAAGAGAAGCCAAAAAUCGUGGACAACAAAGCCGAAGUCUAAGUCCGGAACACGCUGAUCAAGAAACUACAAAAAAAGACAAAGUUACAAAGAAAAAACAUUUACCCGCGGAUAGCAAGGAAGCGAAGGCGCUAAGGCUCAAAAAUAUGAAAGCAAUAUUACAACAAAGAAAUGGACCGACGGAAAUUGAAGCAGCUCGACAACGUUUCAUUGAAAGGCGUUCUUCUGGAAUUGUGACAGCGCCUUUU